AAUAAUAAUAAUAAUAAUAAUAAUAACAAUAGUAAUAAUUAUAAUAAUAGUACCACUACUGCCGUUUAUCAAGAGGAAAGAGACGAGAAUAUAUUUCAUACAACUCCUGCAGUUCCUACUAGCAGUAGUCCUACAACUGCCUCUCAGAAUACCAUGAGGGUCUAUAAGGAUGGGAAUUACCAAAACAACAGCAAUAAUAGUAAUAGUAAUAAUGAUGAUGAUAAUGAUAAGAAUUUAGAUAAUAACGUACAGACAACAGCUGCGUUACCCAGAAAAGAAGAUGCAAUUAUGUAUGGAAGGAGAAUGGAGAAUAAUGUAAAUAUCCGUAUGGGGGCGACUAAGUAUAUUGAUAGCGAUAGUGAUAGUAGUAAUAGUAGUAAUAAUCAUCCUAAUACUAUGAAUACUACUACUAAUACUACUGGUAAGGAUAAUAAUAAUAAUAAUAAUAAUAAUAAUAAUAGUAUUGGUAUUAGUAUUAAUAAUAGUAAUCCAAUGACGACUACUACUACUACUACUACUACUAUUAUUAUUAAUAAUAAUAAUAUGAAUAGUAAUAGUGAUAAUGGAGAGAAGCGAAGAAAAGUAGGCGGUGGGAACAUCACGCCUAUUAAACAAACCCCCGUAAGGCCUUCCACCGCUAUUUACAGAAGAAGUGCUACUCUCACUACUACUAAUAAUACUAAUACUAAUAAUAAUAAUACAAAUACAAAUUCGGCUAAUAAUACUCCCAUUAACACUACAAACUUAACAGGAAUUGCUGCUGGCCAUAGUCGAUAUUCUCCUCUACAUAAAGAAUCACCGUUAUUAUCCUCAUCUCAUCAACAACAAUAUCAAUCUCAAUCUCAAUAUCAACGGGCUUUAUCUUUUACACCAUUGCGACAACAACAACAACAACGGAGAACAGCGGGAGAAAAUACACCUGAUCGAAUUACUCGACGUACACCACCACUAUCAUCAUCAAUACGAAAACAAAAACAACUACAACUACUACUACUACAGCGAUCUCAACAAGAAAAAAAAGAAAAAGAAGAAGAGUUUGAACAGAAAGUAUUGAAAACACCUCAACGUCAAGAACGACUUUUACGGACCACACCAAAGGAGAAACCACUCUCUCAACAACAACAACAACAACAACGAGAGUCCCUCUCUGCAAGUCGCGGUAAUCCACAGAAAAGCCACACACUGGGACUCUCACCAAAAUCUAAAAAGAAUGCCCUUCUCGCUAGUAAAGGUGGGAGAAGAAUAAAACAGGAAGAAUUAAAUGUGGCUCGUAAACUCCUUCGGCCCCCAUCAUUAGCAGGGAAACCAACAACCGUAAGAUCCACUACUACUACUAAUAAUAAUAAUAAUAAUAAUAAUAAUACAAGAAGAGAGAUAUUAACAUCCAACAAUACAGUACGUGGAGGAGGAGUAGGAAUAGGAGGAUCUACACUACAGCCGUGGUAUACACGAAAUGUUUCUAAUCUUUAUCAUCGUCUUUUCUCACAAACACGUGAAAACUCCACGGCGAUGGGUGCAAACAGAUCAAAUGUGAAACUACGAGCUGUAGUGCGAACGGCCUCUGCCCCGUGUUUACCACGUUCUCUUCAUAGUAAUGAUCCCAUGAGAGGAAAUGUGAAUAAUAAUAAUAAUAAUAAUAAUAGGGCUUCACUAGAUUUGAGAACCUUUGGGAAACAACAGUCAUCAUCAUCAUUCUUCUUGGGAAGAAACCACACAACAGUAUCGGGACAACAAAAUAAUAAUAAUAAUAAUAAUAAAUCAAGGCCUAUGGAAUUAAGACGAAGUGCCAGUGGAUUUGAACGACAACAUAGCAGACGAGUCUUGAAUGUACAUCCUUCUGUAAAUGAUUAUCCGCUCUCUACACCUAAUACUACUAUUACUACUACUACUACAAGUAGAGGAGGAAGUAAAGGUGUGAACAGGACAAUGAUGAUGCGUACACCCUCCUCCACCGGAAGAGAAGUACACUCGCAACGACAUUCACAGAAACGAUCAUCUCAACAACGCGAACGAGAAAUACAAUUACAAGAAUUACAACAACGACUGAAGGCAGGAUCUGAACCUAAAUCAAAUACCAAACGUAGUGUAUCCCGGCGAAAACCACUUCUCACAAAUAGUAAACCAUUUAAUAUUCGACCUACACAAGCCACGCUUGCACGUGAGGCGGUAACUCGACAACGUGAACAACAAUAUAUUCAACAAGAACAUGAGAGAUUAGCGGCAGAAGUCCCACAUCUUCCACGAGCCACAUGGUUUGCUAUGCGAAGGGAAUUAGAUCGUCUUGUAGAUGUACGGGCAAAACGUACAGCCCUGGCGGGUGAAAAUAGUUUACAAUCUACAGUUAUUAUAAAUCCACGAGAUAAGUCGCCUGUUAUGAUGGCAAGAGUUGGGGAAUGUGAAGAGAAGGAGAGGAGAAGUGGUGUGGAUAGUGAUAAUAAGAUGCGUAGAGAAGUAGUGAACCCCAUUGGAGGAGAAUCAGCAUAUCCAGGAAUAGAAACAAGAGAAGAAAAAGAAAAAGAAAAAGAAGAAGAACAACAGAAGAAAAGAAAAGAAGAGAGACUAUCCACACCAUUACGUACCUCUACCAUUUCCUCCUCUAGUCAACCUUAUCGUAGAGAUAGUCAUGAUGUGGAGACUCAACAAGAACAUCCAUCCCAACAUCAGGGAUUCGCAUCUCCUUAUCGUGGGCCUAGUUCUCGAGAUGCGGCCUUUACAAAUAGUGGAACUCGCAGUAGUUUAGUGAGACGCAGUGGGGCUGCGUAUAAAUCUCCACCACGACGACAUUUUGAUCCCACCGCACAUGCCAUUACGAUACCCAUCUCUACAUUAAAUGAAGAAGAGAAUAUGAUAGAUACAAGGAAAACAAAGAAGAUGGGCAAGAAGAAUAAAAAGAAGCAGAAUACUAAUCUUAAUCUUAGUUCCCAUCCUCAUUCUCAUAAUGUGAGGGAGAUGAUGAAAGAAGAAGAAGAUGAUGAUGAUGAUGAUGAAACAGAAUGGUCCUCUACAGUAAUGAUUGGAAAUGAUAAGGAACAGGCGAAAAUUCCUUAUUUGAGUCACAAUAGAAAUCAUCGCCAUCAUCAUCAUAACAACAACAACAACAACAACAACAACAACAACAACAACAACAAGAGUAUUAAUAGUCGUAGCAGCAGUAUUACUAGUAAUAAUAAUAAUAAUCAUCAUCAUCAUCAUAAUAAUAAGAGUGACAGUAAGAAUCAUUCGAAAUCCAGUCGAUCACCUUCUAUUCGUCCUCCUAGUGAAAUGUGUCUCUCUGUUCAUAUUGUUCAUCCCGCAUUAUGUGAGUCUCUCACUUCUCUUUCGGACUCUCACAUCUCAUCAAAGGUCUCCGCCUCACCGCCGUUAAUAGAAAUACUGAAAUCUUCUCCAUUACCUUCACACCCUGAUCGCGGCUCAAGACACUCAUUACCAGAAGAAGAAUAUGAUCAUCGUCAUCAUAACAAUAAUAAUAAACAAAAGGAGAAACCGAAACGAAAGAAGAGAUCUACCACCUCUCUUACUCGACGACAGCCCAAGAUAAAAACAAAGGCACCUGUAUUAAACUUUUGUCGGACCCGUAGUGUAAUUCGCUUUCCACGUAAUGAAACUCCCGUCGGUCAAUCAUUAGAUCCACAACAGCCAUCACAACAACAAUCACAAUAUCAACAACAACAACGUUCAAGGUCUGCAAUGUUGUUAAAAGAACCAAAACAUGUACUUUCACAUGUGGGAAGAGGUGAUACUCGUAAUGAUGCGGUUUUCCUUUCAUCCGAUAUGUUGGUAUCUUUAUAUGCCUCUAUGAGGGGAACAGCAGAUCAUAAUGAUAAUUAUGGUAAAAGAAAUAGUUCAACGAAUUUUGAACGUGUACGUUCAGAACGAAGUAGUCGUACGAGUAGUCUCUUAAGCCGUCAAUCACGUGGAAGACGAACAUUACAGCAUGGAUCUAUGGGAACAGCUCGUUUAUUAUCUUAUAGUGAUGCCUUUGGAGUUCCAACUACUACUAUUACUACUACUACAACUACAACGAUGACUAAUAAUAAUAAUAAUAAUAAUAAUAAUAAUAAUAAUAAUACCACUACUACGAAUACAACGACGACAGCAGUAACGGUUUCUACAUGUACGAAUAGUGGUAGUGUGAGAACUAUAAGUGUAAAGAGUAGACCAGCGGGAACACGGGCGCCUCCUUCUUCAUCUACAUAA